AUGCGUAUUCUUCUGUCUGAUGGGUUGUCCGCCAAGGGUACUCCUGGUACUUGGGGACAUAUUAAGAAGCAGAUUGGUAUGUUCUCCUUCACUGGUCUCACUGUUGCUCAGUCUGAGCGUAUGAUUAACAAGCAUCAUGUCUAUAUGCUCAAGAAUGGUCGUAUCUCUAUGGCCGGCUUAAACAAGCACAAUAUUCAGUACGUUAUCGAUGCUAUGGAUGAGUGUGUGCGUAAUGCGUAA